CCAGGCGUGGUGUCCUUCCGCCAAACCUCGCGGAUUAAUACACGUGGUCUCGUCGUAAUCUCGUCAUUUCUUCACACUUUGGUACUGCAAUAUCUCUUUAUAGGUCAACAAUGCUCGCCCUUGUCCGCAAACAACUCAAAAGCCACCCGGCUCUGAUCCCUCUGUUUUUCUUCAUCGGAGGAGGAACAGUCAUGUCCAUGAUGUAUCUGGCUCGUUUGGGUUUGAGCCCUCAUGUCUGUUGGAACCGCACGAGCAACCCUGAGCCCUGGAACAAACUUGACCCAACUUAUCAGUACAAGUUCUACAAAGUAAACAUGGACUACAGCAAACUGAAGAAGGAGGGUCCUGACUUCUGAAGAUCACAUCGACUGAUCUGAAAGCACCAUAAUCAAUCAAUCCACACAAACAUUGUGGUCUUCCAUCAGCUAUCUGAGGGAUGCAGAAGCUCCACCUGUACAUUCAUUCAUAUUUAUGUUUCCUCAUCCCAUGCUUAUUGGCUUCUUAAAAUUGAUUUGUCAUUUUUAAUUUUUGUCAAUAAAGUAAAGGAGUUUAUCUCCUUCAUAAACAGAAAA